AUGCUAUCUUUGCUUCCGAGAUGGGGCGCGCAUCGAUUCCUCGCCUAUUCGACUGCUUUCCCAAAAGCAUUGAGGGAAUCUCGCUUUUUCAGCACAUCAUAUGCGGUACCCAGCCAGGGUACGGCAGAAUCCCGCCCAAAGCGUGAGACCAGCAAGACGAAAGCGUCGAAAAAGGUAGGAGAUGUUCCCAAGAAGAAGAAGAAGGAUCAGCCAUGGGAGCGGCGUGAUGAGAACACAGGUGAACUUUUGCCUCUCCCAUACGAUCGAAAGCCUACGAGGCGCUCACGCUUUGUGAUUUACCUCAUGGAACGUCUGCAAGAGCUUAAGAACAAGCCCGAGUUCCGAAAGACGGGUCGUAAUGGCAACAGUGUACUGGACAUGAUUGCCGUAUCAUCUGCCAUUGGAUCCGAAUGGAAGAAUCUGCCGGAGUCGGAGCGUCAACGUAUUGAUCAGCUGCAUGCUAAGCAUGUGGCUCAAUAUGAGAAGGAUCUGGAGGCGUGGAAGCACAGCCUGACUCCGGACGAUAUUCGGCGUCAAAACCAGUUCUUAAACUAUCAGCGCAAGAAUGGAAAGAAAGCUGUGCCUCGAAAUAUCUCUGCCCCUGACGAGCCCAAGCGGCCCAUGUCGGCCUUCUUCCUCUUCGCCCAGGAUCUGCGCGCGUCGAUCGAUACGAGCAGCAUGUCCGUCACCGACUUUGCGCGACAGGCUGGCGCUCAGUGGAAGUCGCUGAGUGCUGCUGAGAAAGAGCCGUUUGAGUCUCGUGCUCGUGCCGAGAAGGAGGAGUACCAGAGACGCAUCGAGCAGUACAAGGCAUCGUCUUCGAUGUAG